CAUGACAUCUGGCAACGAAAAGAGUCGCUGAACCACUUGGAAGGUUAUCAAAAAGAAAGCCUGACUGACAUAGGAAGGACAGAACAGAUCGAUCUCGUCAGCGGCAACAAUACUGCACCUGAUUGUUCAAUAGUGAAACACUUCUUUCCCAAUGUUGCUUCCGAUUCCCUUCGGUGUUUUCGUUCUGGCACAUCUAUCUAUUGCUCAAGAGCCUUCAGAGGGUGGCGACCUUUCCCCGCCAGAUUUACCAACUCCUCAAGCUCACGAGGACACAAGAUGUCGUUGCGUUUGCCCGAAUUUGUCGGUAUUACUUGUCAAUAUCACCCAAAAGGUGGUGCUCCCUCAACGUCAGAUUUAUGUCCAGAGUGGUGUGGUGCCUUCAGAAUGUAGAUGUGACCAGGUGGUGUCCCCCAAAGUGCUGGAGGAUCCCAUGAUAGCAUCCCACGUGAAGCUCCAUCAAAUCAACGAAAAGUUCUGUCCCAGAUGCGUCUGUAAAUCAGAGACACGCAACACCACCGUCAUCAAGAUCGUGGUGAUUUUCAUAAGUUUUGUCAUAGGAGUCCUAUCUCUUUAUAUGGGCUUUUUGUUCUGCUUGGAUCCGUGGAUGAAACGGAACAAGCAGCUUUAUCACAUGCAAACCAACGAGGAGAUCAAUCUCGAUAGCUUCCAUUUGCAGGGUCCAAGUCGCCGAAGGGAUUCCGAUGAUACUUCCACCAGACCAAGGGGACCUGGACAAGAACAAGUCAUGUUGGCUGUACGAUCCAAUCCGGGAUCUGUCCUCCACCGAGUUGGACAUCAGCAAUCGAAAUGGCAAAGAACGGUUCAAGAACAACGGCGCAACAUUUACGAUCGUCGAGCCAUUCUGAACUAAAUGCUCAUUCUUACAAAGAAGAUUCACACACGUUUUAUGAUCGGUGAUUCAUUAAAUACACAUGUAUUUCCAAUGG